CGUUACGUCAGGCGGAACAGCGAAGAACAAAAUGGAGGAGUAUGCUAGAGAGCCAUGCCCCUGGAGGAUCGUGGAUGACUGUGGGGGAGCUUUCACCAUGGGGGCUAUUGGAGGAGGGAUUUUUCAGGCAGUGAAAGGCUUCAGAAAUGCACCCUCGGGGAUGAGCCACAGAAUGAGGGGUAGCUUAACUGCUAUCAAGACCAGAGCCCCACAGCUCGGGGGUAGCUUUGCAGUAUGGGGAGGCCUCUUCUCCAUGAUUGACUGCGGUUUAGUAAAAGUGCGAGGGAAGGAGGAUCCAUGGAACUCAAUAACAAGUGGGGCCAUGACAGGAGCUAUUCUUGCCGCAAGAAAUGGACCAGUAGCGAUGGUUGGCUCUGCAGCUAUGGGAGGUAUCCUGCUGGCAUUGAUAGAAGGUGCUGGAAUCCUGCUUACACGGUUUGCCUCUUCACAGUUUCCAACUGGACCCCAGUUUUCAGAGGAACCUGCCCCUGCCCCCAUGCCCACCUCUCCCUUUGGAGACUACAGACAAUAUCAGUGAGAGGAGCCGCCACCUCUUUAUCUACUAGGCCUUUUUUUGAAUUCCUUGCUGAAGUUAAAAAGAAGUAAUGGCAGUGCAGAGUACCACACAUCAAACAGUAGAAACUGCACACAACUUCACAGACUGUUGGAGGAGUGAAGGACAAAACAUGUCACUAUUUUCCUUCUUUCAGGAGCCAUGUACUGAUUUGCCUUUUGUCAUUGUCAGGGUUGUCAUGUGCAUCUGUUUCACUUAAAAUACAGACAGCUGGUGAGAGUUGUUGUGAGGAUGAGAUGUGCUUUUCUAUUUUGUUUACAUACAGUAGAGACUGCAUGUAUCCUGAUAGAGAAGCUCAGAUAGUGUUGAAUCUAUAAAAAAAAAAAAUUGUCAUACGUGGAACAGAAGUAAUUUUGUGUACAUACAGUAAAGUUUUCAGUUAUUUUAAUCUUUAUUUGCCUUUUUUUUUUUUUGUCAUGCUUGUGUUGGCCAGCAACACUUGGUCGGCCUUUUCUUUUUUUUCAGAGUUAUGAAGGCAAAUAUCUAUCACAGACACAAAUGCCAUUCCUGGAAGAUUAGUUUGUUUUACAGUGAUUUAUUUAUUUUUGAUAGUAAGGAGUUGUCAGAUUGUUCUAUUUUAUGUGACAGUCGUUUUACAUUGAGCACAGGUGAGGAAAAACCUGCUAAUGACAAAUUAAGGCAGAGACAUUUAAUAUUAAUGGAGACCUUAAGCAAGGGAUUGAUGUAUUCUGUAUUAAAUCUGUAUGACAGAUUAUACUCUGGUACAUUAAAGAAAUAAGUUGUAAAUUG